GGCACGCCCACAUCUCUAACUCCGGAGCCCCGGAUUAUUCGCGCGCUGGUCAGUGCGAUAGUUAGUGCAACUGUGGCAGUGCAGCACGAAUGCUGGGUGAACGGAAACAUGAUGCAUUAUGGUGCUGUUUUGAUGGCGAUACUUGCCAUUGCUCCGAUCGAAUCGACCAGUGACUGGAACAACCCAGCAAGUGCCCAGUACCAUAUCCAAACCGACGAAGGCCCCGAACGAUACUUCCGCUACCAAACGAAUAGCGGUCAAUACCGAAAAGAAAAACGACUCGACGAUGGUACCGUCGUUGGUACCUACGCCUGGAUCGACGCCGAUGGGUUCCUCCGGCAACGCGAUUACAUCGCCGACAACGCCGGUUACAGAAUCCUCAAAACGAAAAAUUUGUACGUUGGGAGAGACACACCCAUUGCACAGGCGAUCAAGUCGGCGAAGAAAGUACCAGCGUCUGCUGGUACAUUAGUCAAGGGUACCACCGUGGCCCCACCUACGGUUAGUGUGACCCCAUACGUGGAAAUAAACCAAAACUCGAUUUCUUCGACCCCGAAGCCCACCCCUGCGUAUCUUCCACCAUCCAGUACUCCGGCACCUUUCAGUAUCAAUCCUUGGUACUAUUCGAGUGCCCCACAGUACGACCACCACAAAAAAGACCCACUUUUGACUUUUGAAAACGGUCCCACGUACCCUAUUGAUAACCGGGGACAGACCUACACAGGGAACAAUUUGGGAAAUGGGUACGACCCACAGUACGAGUACUAUGAUGGUGUUUCGGUGACCAAUGAUGGGUUCCGAUACUACAUACCCAGGGCCUACCACGAGGAGCAGAACCUGGGGGAUAAGAAAUCUGGUAGUUUUGGGUACAUCGACCCAUUUGGCAUCCGCAGGGUCAUUUAUUACAACGCCGGGCCUGGGACGGGCUUCCAACACCGGAAAAAUAACCGAUAUGUAGGUUUCGAUGCAACGCCUUACGAUCCAAGGCCUUAUUAAAUAAUUACAUACGCCAACAUGAACGAUUUAACAUACUAAACACGUGCUUGUGACAAAUUUUUACUCGGUGAUGAGGAUUUCUCCAAUCACUGCCGUAGCUAGGAUUAUUUAUUGAACUAAAAUUAGAUUGUGAGUGAUAAGGUCCUGGGAAUCACAGUUUAUAAUUCAAAUAAUGUAAAUAACGACAAUAAUAGAUUAUAAACUCUAGUUCGGGGACCUGAUUUUUCAAAUACUCUCUCUUGUUAUGUUAGGUAAUUUAUGAUAAUGUUUUGUAAAUAAAUAAAUAAAAUACAA